UUGGGCUGCUGAGAGGAGCCGGGGAAGGGCUUUGCCUCCUUUCGGCGGUGGCGGCGGCCGUAGUCCCAGCGGUGGCGGCGAGGCCAGCCCCGGCUCCGCGACUGACAGCCGGUUUACCCGGCCCUAGCGGAGCGGUCGUAGCUGGGAAUGUAUGACAACAUGUCCACAAUGGUGUAUCUAAAGGAAGACAAGUUGGAGAAACUGACCCAGGAUGAAAUUAUUUCCAAGACGAAGCAAGUGAUUCAGGGAUUAGAAGCACUGAAGAAUGAGCACAAUUCCAUCUUGCAGAGUUUACUUGAGACACUUAAGUGUUUGAAGAAAGAUGACGAGACCAAUCUGGUGGAAGAAAAAUCAAAUAUGAUUCGCAAGUCUCUGGAGAUGCUGGAACUUGGACUCAGCGAAGCACAGGUAAUGAUGGCCCUGUCAAAUCAUUUAAACGCAGUGGAGUCAGAAAAGCAGAAAUUACGUGCUCAGGUUCGCAGGCUGUGCCAGGAAAAUCAGUGGCUGCGAGAUGAGCUAGCCAACACUCAACAGAAACUGCAAAAGAGUGAACAAUCUGUGGCUCAGCUAGAAGAAGAAAAGAAGCACCUAGAAUUCAUGAACCAGUUAAAGAAAUAUGAUGAUGAUAUUUCUCCUUCAGAGGAUAAAGACUCAGACUCGACCAAAGAACCGUUGGAUGAUUUGUUCCCCAAUGAUGAAGAUGACCAAGGGCAAGGAAUGCAACAGCCACAUAGUAGUGCGGCAGCUGCAGCCCAGCAGGGUGGCUAUGAGAUUCCAGCAAGAUUAAGGACCCUUCAUAAUCUUGUCAUUCAGUAUGCUUCCCAAGGCAGAUACGAGGUUGCCGUACCCCUCUGUAAGCAGGCGCUUGAAGACCUGGAGAAGACUUCAGGCCAUGAUCACCCUGAUGUUGCCACUAUGUUGAACAUACUUGCAUUGGUGUACAGGGACCAGAAUAAAUACAAAGAUGCAGCAAACUUGUUGAAUGAUGCCCUGGCUAUUCGUGAGAAGACCUUGGGCAAAGACCAUCCGGCGGUUGCAGCAACUUUAAACAACCUUGCAGUGCUUUAUGGAAAAAGAGGAAAGUACAAGGAAGCUGAGCCUUUAUGCAAGAGAGCAUUGGAAAUUAGAGAGAAGGUAUUGGGGAAAGAUCAUCCAGACGUUGCCAAACAGUUAAAUAAUCUGGCUCUGCUCUGUCAGAACCAGGGUAAAUACGAAGAAGUGGAAUACUACUACCAGCGAGCACUUGAGAUCUACCAGACAAAACUGGGGCCAGAUGAUCCAAAUGUAGCAAAAACAAAGAACAAUUUGGCGUCCUGCUACCUGAAACAAGGCAAAUUUAAGCAAGCGGAAACUUUAUACAAAGAGAUCCUUACUCGUGCCCAUGAAAGGGAAUUUGGCUCUGUGGAUGAUGAAAACAAGCCCAUCUGGAUGCAUGCUGAAGAGAGAGAAGAAUGCAAAGGAAAGCAGAAAGAUGGUACUACAUUUGGUGAAUAUGGAGGCUGGUACAAAGCUUGCAAAGUCGACAGUCCAACAGUCACAACUACCUUGAAGAAUCUUGGAGCACUUUACAGACGUCAAGGCAAGUUCGAGGCAGCUGAAACAUUAGAAGAAGCCGCAAUGAGGUCUCGUAAACAGGGUCUUGACAAUGUUCACAAACAGAGAGUUGCUGAAGUGCUGAACGACCCAGAAAGUAUAGAAAGGAGGCAAAGCCGUGAAAGCCUCAAUGUCGACGUGGUAAAGUAUGAGAGUGGUCCUGAUGGAGGAGAGGAAGUGAGUAUGAGCGUAGAAUGGAAUGGGGAUGGCACUGGAUCCCUAAAGCGCAGUGGCUCCUUUAGUAAACUUCGUGCUUCAAUUAGACGCAGCAGCGAGAAGCUGGUUAGAAAGCUGAAGGGAGGAAGUUCACGAGAGAGUGAACCAAAGAAUCCUGGCAUGAAGCGUGCCAGUUCACUGAAUGUUCUUAACAUGGGUGGCAAGGCUACUGAAGAUCGCUUUCAAGGACGAAAUAAUUGUCUGAGUGCCAGCCAGACUGAUUUGGCUCACUGAGAUUCUGGGACAGACACUAGCUAAAAAAUUCCCUUGUGAAUGAAGCACUGAGUCUCAAAAGUCCUGGGUUCCCCCAUCGCUGUCUUUCUAGGAACCGUCUAGCGUAGAAGCACCAGUUGCCGUGGACUGCCAUUCCUAGACCGCCUCAAAAUGUGGCAUUUUUAUAAAACUCCCUAGUUAUGUGGUUAGCUUCCCAGUGAGAAACAAUACGGAGUAUUUGUUGCGUUGUUUGCUAGCUGUAUGGAAUUCUGUUACAGGUCACAGCCACAAAAAGCAGAAUACACACUGCACACAUACUGAAAUCUAAAGGAGCGCAAAAGCAGCUUUGGACAUGCUUUUAAAAACUGUUAAUAGGAGGUUGUGUGUUUGUAUCUAUAAGAGUGGUCAGAUGAAUGUACAGCGGCGAUCGCUGUGUAAAACCAGGGUUGUGCACUGUUAGAGCGCACCGCAUCAUUGGGUAUCACAAUUUGUACCUGACCAGUGAUUCCAUUUCCUUUAACCAGUAAAAAAGAAAGAUGUUUAAAGUUUAGAAUGGAAACUGUAUUUCAGAAUACAGCACUUAUCACACUUAUUACCCAGUGUGAUUCAUUAAACAAGGAGAGGGCACACAAAAGAUGGAGGAAAGGAAUUGGGAGGGCGGGGGGAAGCAUCAAAGCUUUGAACAGUUCCUUUAGUAUUUGGUCAGAGCUCCGCAUCUCCCCCUGUCCCCCACAAGCAGUCACCUCUUACCUUCUGUCUCUGUUCCAAGUGGCAGCAAGAGAAAACGGAGCACAGACCUUGUAUAUUGAACUGUGGCGCCUAUGUAGAGAGGUCUCUAGACAAAUUUGCGUUUAAAGCAAAAAACUAUACAAGAUAGCACUUUCUGGCCACUAGGCCAUGUUUCCUAAUCAUGCGUCCUAUUUAUAUGGUAGUGGAAAAGAACUUGCUAGUAACCAUAAACAAGAUUAGCAUUAUCUGUUACAGGAUAAGAAAAUAAACCACUUCUAAAUGAGAUGGGCCAUCUGAAAGAAUUAGCUAAAAAUGACUUGGUUUGCAAAUUCCUUUUAAAAACGAAACAUUCAACAGUAAUAUAAAUUUCUAAGUCCCUUUAGAAUAACUUUGUAGAAAAGAUGCUCUUUAUGAUGUGGAUGUAAAUUCUGUUUUCCAGAUGUUUAAAAAAACUGGAUUUUUUAAAAAGCAGAUGUGACUAGCCAUCUUUCAGACAGCAAGGUUAUAGGUAUGUUUAAGACCUUCAGAAUAAUGUUUUGCUUUUGUCUAGCCUGAUAAUAAAAUCAGUAUAGUUAGUCCUUUAUUGAAAAAUUGGGAGAGUAGAAGGGACAAUAUUUCUGAUCUUAAAUAUUUUGAGUAGCAAGAUAUAUUUUUGGUUAAGUCUUGCACCUGUUUAUCUCCCCACUUCUCUACAGCUAAUUAGUUCUGAUGAAAGAAAAAUAUAGGAACAUAAUUUCAAGUGGAAUGUAUACUGGUUUGUCCCCCAGGCCAAUUAAAGUCAUUAAUGCAAUUGUCCCAGAGCUCUAGGCUCCCGGUCUUCCCAAGGAAAAAUUUGCCUAUCAUUUGGAAAAACUGGUAUACAGUUGCCUUUGUUAAACACCAUUGCAUUUUAAGAAGGCCGGGGGGUGGGGGGGAGUCCUUGGAGCCCCCUAUUGUGAUCCAGUGGGCGUACGUAACAGCACCAGAAAAACAAAAUAGCUUACGCUGGUGAAAUUAUAGCUGCAUUGUGUGUGUGAAGAUGGGGCACCUGAUUAUGCUGAGCCUGCAUGUCAAACACUCCCACCUUCUUUUUCAAGGUCAUGAGUUGGAUCCCAUAGAGCCUUUCCAUUAAUGGAAAUCCAGCAUGAUUUCUUUGUCACAGCCUCCUGUUGCAACCCAUAAUGCUUCCACUCCUAGCAUUUUGGGCUAGGUGUGGGGUUGGAAGAGAAACUACACUGCGUAGGAUUCAAGCCUAUGGCUUGCACUCGGCUACCAGGGAGGUGAUUCUUUAUAAAGCCUGGGUAAGCGAACAGUGUCACAGACGGGAGAUCUCAUUUUGCACGUACCCGUGUCCAUAAUCUAGGACUGGGAUGCAAGUGCUCUAAAACCUGGGAACCCACUCACCCCUCCCCUGACACACACACUUGGAACCUCUUCAUUCCAUGGUGUGUGCGCUCCGAGUCUUCAGUCUUUUCCUUAGCACAGAUAGCCUCACGUGGAAUGUCUUCAGGCAAAUCCACCAUUAUAUUUCAGUGUGGUCUUGUAUGGAGUGGAGCAGAGCCUGAGUUCACGCAACUCCAGCACUCGACGAAUUUAAGCCCUUUCCAAAAAUGUAGCUACUGGGCUUUCUCACCUGCAGAAAGAACAUUGAGCAGCUGUACCCUGUUAAGACCAACACAAGACGUAACACACACGCACAUGCACGCACACGAGAAUUUCUGCGUUUAUUGGCAGCAGUGGUUAGAUCACUCCUCCUAGAAAUGUAGUUAAAAUUUCCUUCCCUAGAAACUGCUAUUGAGCUUAGUUUUUGAAAAGCAAGCACGUUAAUUGCAACCAGGAUGGCAUGAAUCACAAGUAAUAGGCUGCACCUUUGCCUUUUCUAUGGUAGGCAUCUUCACUACAGCGCUUAUAGUGCAAUCCUAAGGAGAGUUACUCUAGUUUAUGCCCAUUGAAAUCAAUAGGUUUAGACUUGUCUUAGGAUUGCGCUGUUCAUUUGCCUAGUUGUGCACAGAGUUGGACUUCUUAAAUUCUUGGGGAUAAAAGUCCUUGAAACUCACUGUUCGGCCACUUAAAAUAAGCAUAUAGCUAGUGGUGACUUCCUUCGCCUAGCGUACUAGCCUUUAACCUCUUGGCCCAUGUUUAUUAGCACUCCAGAUGGUCUUUAAAACGGUCACAGCUUGCCCUUCACCUCUUUCUCCUCUUUUUAAAGACGCCCUAUUAAAAUAUAGUUGUAGAAUAACUUGGUUUAGAACUGCUGUCUUGUCUCUUUAGGAAUGACUCCCGUUGAAGCAUACAUAAAACUAAUUAGUUGUCUACUUAGAUUUGUAGGGCAGUUCCUUAAUAGGGAAAAACACUUCUGAAAAGGUUUUCCAUAAGAUCACCUUUUUGAAAAAUAAUUUUAUAAAGGCAAAAGGUUAAAAUCUGAAAAGGCCCAAAGUUACAUGCUCCUCCAAAUGCAACCUCAAUGCUGUGUUAAUGUAACAUUUAAGCUAAUAAAACUAAAGUGUACAGAAGAAGCACUGAAUUUCUGCUAGUGUCCGCAGGACGUAGUUUAACAAUGGACAAAUCAAUAUCUUAACUUUGUAGAUAGUGUUCAAGUUUUUCUCUGUUAAUACUAAAACAUCAAGCCUGGAAAUUUUUAGGAAUGUUUGGAUUUAAACUGUAAAAGAUUCCACUGACUUUGGGAUAUGAAGUAUGGUUAUGUUGUACAUAUGAGCUGAAAAUGAAAUGUGUAGUGCUUUACUGAAAUUGUUUACAAUGUUGAGUUGAAAUGCACAAAUGUGUUAGACCUUUUUUCCUUGAAAGCUGCUAUGUUGUUAAAAGUAAUAUGAAAUAGACACUUGCUGGUAAGAUGGUAAGUUGUGUUGCAUCUGGCCAUAAUAUCUCACAUUCAUACUUUACCUAAAGCCCCUAUGUUUUUCUCUGCAACAAAAACUGAAACUUUAUUUCAUGCCACUUCUAGAAUCAAGUUAAAUCUAGGGUAGAAAGACGUCGUUAAUGCUAAACUCAGGAUUUGGACUCUAUCUGAACUACAUGCAAGAAACACAAAGCUGCUACUGAAAAUGGGAAGUACAGGUAGAGUUCCCCUUUCUGUAAAGUGUCCACAACUUACUUGGUAUCCUGUCGUUUAAGUUGUGUGAUCUCCUCCCUGUCCCACUCCACAACAUAAGCUGCAACUUGUGGUGCAAAGGAAAUGCACAGUAUACUGGGGAACGAAAAUGAAUUCUGCAAGAGAGGACAGGGGAAUUGACAUGAGGCUGCCAUUUUUAGUGGCAACCGUGUGCUUUUGUAAUGCAUACUUCUGCCUCUAAAGAUCUGUGUAGUUUAGAGCAGUUUUAUAUGCAAGUUAAGAAAACGUUGGACAGAAGUGGAGGAGUUAACUCACCUUUUAGGAUGCUUGAGCUACCUAAACUGCUUUGAAUCUCUUUUAGGAGAAAAGCAUUUUUAACUGAAUAAAAAAAAACCCUGCUCACAUUCACUUUAAAGCACUGAGGGUACUCUGGUCAGUGAAGGUUUGACAAGGUAACAGUGUGCAUAAAACCUUUGAUCACUGGAUGAGUCAGAAUUGCCUUCUAGCUUUAAACUGGAAGCACUGUAAAAUAAUGAAAUUUGAAAUACUUGUUUAAAUCUUUUGAGAAAGGGUUUUUAAAAAAAAUGUGUUAAGCCAAACUUGAAUGCUAAAAGAACUCCCUAGAUAUUCUUAAAAAGAAAUUGUUUUCUAUUCACAGCCAAAUAACCAUAAAUCGCUGAUUUUUUUUAAAGCUCAGUUUCUGGAUGUUUGACCAAAUGACUGUGCUUUCAGCUUUCCACUACAGCUCUCCAAAUACAUUUUAUUCACAAAGAGCAGCACUAGAAUGUACAGCAGAGGACAAAAUUGCCUGUUAUGCUACUUUAAAACAGCAACGUGAUUCCAGAAGUGCAUAGCACAUUUCCCAGUAAAUGGCUCCUGAUUUUUUUUUAAAAAGCCUGUUACAGAACUAUGGUUCAUUCUGAAAAUGUAAAGCUUCUUUGGCAUUUUCAAAGUAUAAAAAAAUAAAAUAUUGAAACAAACCUUA